AUGGCGUCCGCCUCCAUCGCUCCCCCUCUCCUCCUCUUCGUCGCCGUCCUCGCGGUCACCCUGGCGGCGGCGACGGUGGCAGCCGACGCGCAUCAACCGGCUCCGGGUGGUGACGGUGAUGAUCGUCAGCUGAUGGCGGCGGGCGGCGGCGGCGGGAGGACCCUGCUGGGCAUAGACUGCCCCAAGGCGUGCGAGGCGCGGUGCGGGAGGAACUGGAAGAACGAGAUGUGCAACAAGUUGUGCAACAUCUGCUGCGGCAAGUGCAGCUGCGUCCCCUCCGGCACCGGCCAGGACACCCGCAACGAGUGCCCCUGCUACGCCAACAUGAAGAACACCAAGAACGGCAAACCCAAGUGCCCCUAA